UUAGCGUAUUGUCGUCACCUACGUACCGUACGAACGCAUUUGUCAAGAUUGAUCGAAAACGACCCUUUAGACGAGCAAAUCUCAGGGCCUGUUGAUGAAGCGUUUUGGGCGCAGUGUAGAAGUGAACCAUCGAAAGCAUUGGAACGAGAAUUUAUGGUACGAGUGUAUCGGUACGGCGUGAAAGAUUCUGAUGGGAAUGCGUUGAGACGUGAAACGUGGCCGUAUCUUUUGGGGCUGUUGAGUUGGACUGAGAACAUCAACGAUAAAUACACAGAAUUUGUGAACAAUUAUAAUACGGCCGUUGAAGAAUGGAAAAAAAUUGAAAAAAUUGUUAAAAUUCGUGAUCAUGAAGCAUUCACAGCAGCACGAUUACGACAUAGCUCGUAUAACGGUGAUUUGAGUGUACCGAUGCGAGACUCAUCAAUGAAUAAUGAUGUUUUUGAAGAGAUCGACGAAAUGUCGAAUCAUUCGUGCGAUGAAAAUCACCCACAUCAUCGUCUUACUGAGAAAGAUAAAGAGGUGGUUUUCAACGAGCGAUGA